AUGUCAACACAAUCAUUAAAAGAAAAUCAAAUCAAUUCAUCAGGUGAUGUCAUUCAAGCUGGUCUCAAGACGACGACGACACGACAACCACUUGGCCCUCUAAAGAAUAGCAGUGCUAUCAAGCAACAAGCCACUGCUAUUCCUCCAUCAGUCCAAAACCAACAAAAGGAACAACAGCUCCAGAAAAGAGUCUUGCAGCUCGAGGCUGAACUGAAACAAGAGAGAGCCUUGCGCGAAAAGCAAGUCUCUGAACUCACCACCCAUAACCAAUUGUUAGAGUCGUCUCUUUUAUACUAUACCCAAGUAGAAAACACGGCCAAGAUCAACAACAAUCGUGUACGUCAAAUCAACAAGCUACACAUUGAAAAGAAUGAAUUGCUAGAACAAGUUUCAAAUCUCAAGCAAAAGAUUGAUAUUUUGGAAUCUGAUCAAGUCAACAAAUUGGAUAUGACACUUAAUAACAAGAGAAUUAGAAAGAUUCAUCAAUUGAAUAAUGAAAAUAAACAAUUGAUAGAGGUAGUUCAAAUGCAAAAACAAGAAUUGGUUAAACUAUCCCAACGUGUCAAUACCUCCUCUUCUCCAUCUACCUCGACCACCACCAUCAGCAAUCCUUCACCUUCCAAGAUUAAUUACAGCAAUUUUAUCAGUCACCGUUCAAUCCCAACAACCUCUGACUAUGGACUUGGUGAUGACCAUUUGCCAGGAGAGUGUUAA